AUGAGCACCUCAACUCGUCGCAUCAGCGUCACCUCCGAGCAGCUGCAGAGCGACGCUCUUCGCGCCCAGCUCUUCAGCGCGUGCUGCGCGUACGGCGUUGUGGAGUGGGCGCAGUACCAGGAGGAUCCGAACUACAACACCACCACAGUGCACAUUCAGUUCCAGAAGCUGUCCAGUGCCGACCGUCUCCGCAGCGACGUGCAGCAGCGAGGACGGCUUUGGCAGAUCGAGAGCGAGCCGGCGUCGCUGUGCGUGGGUGCAGAUGUUCUACUGAGCGCUGCGGAGGUGCUGCGCCUUGGCCAUCUUACCGCUGCGCUGCCCAGCUUCGCAUGCACGGCACUUAUAAGCGUCCCUGUAAGCAACACAAGCACCGCGGCAACGGCGACGCCGACGCCGUCGUUGCCUACAUUUGAGGAGAAGAGCUUUCUGCUGCACGGCCGCAGCACCGCAUCGCGCACCGCCCCCGCUUCUUCCAAGUUCACAGCCGAGCAGGAGGCUGCCCUAUGGUCUGGGUUCGAACAAGAAUCCUCUGCGGUGCGCCACAGCUGCCUUGGUCCAUACUGCGCAGUGCUUCAUUUUGGCUCCCCGCACGAUGCUAAUGAGUUUCUCUGCCAGCACCAACUCACUUUGGCAGAGCAGCACAGUGUGUACGCCAUUCACGUUGGCACCACACCCGGCUGCGCCUUGGCGGUCGCGCUGCCAAAGAUGUUGGCGCGGCACGCGCUUGCCGACUAUGCUGUUGAUGGGCGCGUGGUGCGCGGCUACGUAGUGGCCAUGCACUCUAACACGUACUGUGUGGUGGAUGCUGGCCUCUAUCCAUCUGCUGAUCAGGCAAGCAACACCACACUGGUUCACACGCACACCAACUUCUUAAGCGUAUCACUAGGGGACGAGGUGCAGGUGCAGCUGUCCGCCAGUGGGGGGCUGGCAAUGGCUGAGAAAGGGAUGGUUGGGGGCAAGCUGCUGCGCGUCACCAGCGCCUCUGCUUUUUCCACUCGCCGCUCCGUUACCAAGGCGCAGCUACCCACUACCGCUGCUCGCACCCUUCGUACCUCCAACUUAGUGCAUGGCCUAGUUGGCGCUGCUUCAUCGCCGCACGAGCCGCAGCCGAGACCUGGCAGUGGAGGCAGGGCAACGGAUGUGGCAGGGGCGGUAAGGCGCGGUACGCUCAACAAGCCGAACGCGACUGUUACCGGUGGUGGUAAUGGUAGUGCCGUUACAUCCAAGCCUGCAGGCGGAGCUGCUGCCAAGGCACUUGCUAGCAAGCUUUUCAAGAGUAUUCAGCAAAGGAGAAGUAGCAGUGGAGACUGUGAAGGCAGCUCCGCGGAGCGCAUCUGCGCCUACCCAACCGGCCUAGGUGCGUACGCGCGGUUGCUGGUGCGCGUAGAGCGGAUCGAAGAGGAUGGCCUGCACGCCCGCUGCGUCGACGACGCCGAAAACUGCGGCUACGCCGGGCCUGUUUUCAUCCCCGCCGCGUUUGUGCCGGCUGACACCAGCAGCACCGGUCAGGGAUGGCGGACGUUUGCGGUCGUAGGGGAACGCAUGCAUGUGGCGCUGCUUUACAUGGUGGCUGUGGGUGGCAGCGCCGCAACCAUGCGUGGCGUUGCCUCCAAAAAGGAGGCGGAUCUUCGCCACACGGCAGCAGGCGCAACCGCGGCUGGGGUGAGAGCCUCACCAGGAGACGUGGAGGGCGCCUCGGUUACGGUGGGGAUGACAGUGACGGCAGUGGCCAUGCUGAAGCUUUCUGCCGGGGAUAUCGGUGUCCCCGCUGCCGACCACACAUCCCCAUACUUCCCCGCCUUUCUUCUCUAUCCAGGGCUGCACGCGCCAGCGUUGCUGCGCCAAACUGUGCUUCUGCUGCCUUUGUCCGACCUGGGCUCGCUGGACCCCACUACUCUCCCCACCUCGCCGGCGUCUCUCAUUGUAUGCGAGGUGGUAAACGAUGUGAUGCGUGGGCAGUACGCCGUGGUAGUACCAUGCGCAGUCUACGCGGCGCGGCAAAUGCAGCGCGCGGUCGCACAAGAGCAGCGCAAGACGGCUGAAGUGGACGAGGUGAAGCGCCGGUUGGCGGCGGUCAUGGGGCAAGACAUCCUGAAAGUGCUGAACGCCGAGGAUGGGCCAGCUGCUAAGCGUCCCCGCACGGGGGACUGA